AGGGGAUCCAUCCACCCAUUGUUUGACAAUAUUUGCCGCGCACAAGAUGACUAGACUAGAGCUUCCUUGGUUCGUCUCUGUCUGUUUGGACUCUUCAAACACUAGACUAGAUUAGAGAGAGACUCGUUCAUGCCUGCUCUGGAUCGAGCUUUGUAUACUCCUUACCAGGAAGCAGCCGACUCCAAGUCCAAGCCUCUGCCUGCUUCCACUCCAGAGCCCGUGAUUUCAGAGUUAAGAAAUGCCCUUCUCAUGGUGUGCCGUAUUCUAUGGCAUUCUUCUGCUGGUCGCGCUCGCAGCGGCACAGCCUGACGCCGGCUGCAACGGCAUCCUCCUCACCUACACGCUCGAGGGACGCAACAAGAUCAGGCCGUUCGUCCCCGCCGCGGACUCCCAGCCCUACUCCUUCCGCGCCAACGCCACCGUCCUCAACUCCGGCACCCGCCCGCUCAGGUCGUGGGCGCUGCUGCUCACCUUCGCCCACGGCGAGAUCCUCGUCGGUGUCGAUGGCGCCGUGCUCACGUCCGGGGGCAACCUGCCCUACAACACCACGGCGGCGGAUGCCGGGAACGCGACGUCCUUCUCCGGGUACCCGCAGACGGACCUCCUCACCCCGAUCGCCACGGCCGGCGACCUGUCCAAGAUACAGGGCACGGUCAAACUGGUCGGCACGCUGUUCGCCGGGCCCCAGCCGUUCGUGCCGCUCCCUUCCGCACUCUCGCUCGCCGACCCAUCGUACACCUGCCCUCCGCCCACGAACGUGUCCACGUCCCUCUCCACGUGCUGCGUGCUCAAGCCGACGGCCGCGACCGACGCUACGGCCGGGAACGCCAGCGACAUGGACCCGGCAAGGACCUUCCUCCCGCGCGGCACCGGCGACCUGGUGAUCACCUACGACGUGCUCCAGGCGCACGAGAACACCUACCUGGCGCUGGUGACCCUCGAGAACAACGCGCCGCUCGGCCGCCUCGACGGCUGGCAGUUGUCGUGGGAGUGGCAGCGCAAAGAGUUCAUCAGCUCCAUGAGAGGCGCCUACCCGCUGAAGCUCGACACGUCCGGCUGCCUCUACGGCCCGCAGGGGAAGUACUACAAGGGCGUCGACUUCUCCAAGGUGCUCAACUGCGACCGCAGGCCGGUGGUUAUUGACCUGCCGCCGUCGCGGGCCAACGACGCGGACAUCGGCCGGAUCAACCACUGCUGCAGGAACGGCACCAUCCUGCCCAAGUCCAUGGACGUCGCGCAGUCCAAGUCAGCGUUCCAGAUGGAGGUGUACAAGAUGCCGCCGGACCUUAACCGGACCAAGCUCUACGCUCCGGUCAACUUCAGGAUCGCCGGCGCGUCGCCGCUGAACCCGGAGUACGCGUGCGGGCAGCCGGUGCCGGUGAGCCCUUCGGAAUUCCCGGACCCGAGCGGGCUCGCGUCGACGACGCUUGCCGUGGCAACGUGGCAGGUGGUGUGCAACAUCAGCACCAGCACGUCUAGCAAGUCCGAAGCGUCCAGGCCGCCCAGGUGCUGCGUGUCCUUCUCUGCGUUCUACAACGAGUCGGUGAUCCCCUGCAAAACGUGCGCGUGCGGCUGCCCCGCGAGCCGGCCUGCCGUGUAUGCGUCCUGCAGCACGACGGCUCCGUCGAUGCUCCUGCCGCCGUUCGCGCUGCUUAUGCCGUUCGAGAGGCGGGCGAAGGAGGCGCUCUGGUGGGCGGACCAGAAACGCUUCAGCGUGCCCAACCCGAUGCCCUGCGGCGACUUCUGCGGCGUCAGCAUCAACUGGCACGUCGCCACGGACUUCACUGGCGGGUGGAGCGCGCGGCUGACGCUCUUCAACUGGGAUGACGUGGAUAUGCCGGAAUGGUUCGCCGCCAUCGUCAUGGACAAGGCGUACGACGGGUUCGAGCAGGCCUACUCCUUCAACGCCACGGCCGUCGGGAACAGCACCAUCUUCAUGAAGGGCAGGGAAGGCUUCAACUUCUUGAUCAAGGAGAGCAACAUGAGCGGCGUGGAUUAUGCAGUGCCUGGGAAGCUACAGUCGGCGCUCUCGUUCACGAAGAAGACGACCCGUGGCAUUGACGUGGUUGCCGGCGACGGCUUCCCGUCCAAGGUCUUCUUCAACGGCGACGAGUGCGCCAUGCCGCAGAGGAUUCCGAGUCAAGGGGUUAAGACUCGCGCAAACCGUGGUGUCAUCCAUAUGCUAUUGUGUUUGGUUGCUUCAACUUUCCUGCUAUAAUUCUGUCUGUCUACGCCAAUUUUUCACUCUUUCACGUGAUUAAAAAAUAUCGUAUAUCUCAAAUGCCGCAUAUCACGAUGCAUAUAUACUUUUGUUGAGAACAAUUAUUCGAACAGGAUUGUUGUACAA